UCGCAGCCAGCGCAGAUACGUUUGUGGCUCCGCCGAGGUUUCAGUUUCAGUUUCAGUUAGAGUUUGAAUUUGAGUGUCCGUGUUUCCGUCGGCUGCUUGUGAUCUAAUAUAACAUCUAAGGCUAAUACCCACAGCAACAUGCAACUCCUGCUUUUGGUGGCCACUUUGGCUCUUUGCGGCAUUGUCAGCGGACAGCAGGGCGUGGAUCCCGCCUACUUGAGGCAGUACUACCAGCAACUGCAACACCAGCAGCAACAGCAAGCCCAGCCGCACGAUGGCACUCCCAUUUACGAGCAGAAUUCGGAGCAGACGCAGCAGUAUGUGAAUUCUGGCCAGCAAAUCAGGAUCAAGGAUACGGUGGCCGAGCAAAUUCGGGCCCAGCAGCAGCAAGGAUACGUGGCACCGGCUGUGAGGGACUAUCAGCAAUACCAGGCACAGCCGCAGCAGUCCGCCUACCGCCCACCUGCGCAGGCUGCCCCUCAGCCCCCCCGCAGGAUCCAGCAGCCCUCGUACCAAGCUCCUUCCACUUCGAUCCUCGGCAAAGGACAGCAAAAGUUGUCGCUGCAGCAGCAACAAGAGGAGGAGGAAUACGAUGACCAAAACUCCUCGUACCAGUUUGGAUUCGAUGUGAAAGACGACGAGUUCACCAACUACCAGAACCGCAAGGAAAUCCGCGAUGGUUCGGUGAUCAAGGGCAGCUACUCGGUGGUGGAUUCCGAUGGCUUCAUCCGCACCGUCAAGUACACGGCCGAUCCCAAGGAGGGCUUCAAGGCCGAGGUCAUCCGCGAGCCCACCGACAUCGUGGUGAAGAUCCCCACUCCCCCGCCGCCGACGCAGCUGCUCCGCGCCGGUGGCCACAAGGCCCAGCAGGAGUACAGCUCCGGUCCCAGCAAGCAGCAGUAUCAGCACCAGCAGCACCAGCAACACCAGCAGCAGCCACAGUACCACCAGUACCAGUAGGGAGGAGCACCAGUUCGAUCGGACCAGAUCGGAGACUCUUUUCGAAACACUCUUGAAAGUUCCGCAAGUCCAUGUAGUUUGUAAAUAUGCCGAGACUCGAUUAACGCGAGAUUAUAACAUUAUUAUAUAUUAUGUCAUUCAUUUAGGUUCGACUUUCUUGUUUAGAAUAUUAAAUUAAAAAUUUGGAAAAAAACAA